AAAAAAUAAAAUAAAAUAAUGUAAAAUAUCUUGUAUUUUUAAGUACUAUACCCAAGGUAAUCAUUUGAGGCUUGCGUUGGAUUGUAAGAGGCUCAGAUCACAGAAUGGCUAACUUGCAAGGGCUUCCGGCACUUCCAAAGAGUCUUGCAAGACUUCUCAAUGCAGGCACUGAGCAGUGGAAAGAAGUAGAAAAGAUCCACAACUUACGGACGAUGAUCCAGAAAGAUAUGACACCAGACACAAGUGCAGAGUUAAACAAUGGGAAAACUGCCGAUAGGAGACACUCAGUUGCAGGAACAGUAGAUGGCGCACUCGCCUACUUGAGAAAGGAAAUGGUGGGUCUCCGACAACUAGAUAUGUCUCUCUUGUGUCAGUUAAUGACGCUAAACGAGUCCAUUCAAGACUAUAAACAAUCCGUACAGAUGGCUUAUUCAGAUGCAAACUCAGAAUGUGGCUCCCUCUAUAGUAUGGACAAUGGUUUGGAGACGAUUCGUGACGAUUACGAAUCAGAGCUUGCUGAUGUUGACAUAAACGAUGACAUGAGUUUAGGGGAUAGUUAUAAUUCCCAGUACGAGCCACAGAGCCCCCGCUCCCCAGUUCCUCAAAGUCCAGGUUAUAGGUGGCCUCAACAUGUUAAGAAUCAGAGUGCGACUCAACAGAAUAAUGGAAUGUUCAAGUUCAGCUAUGGGCUUUCUGAAUCAAAUGCCUAAGCAAUUUAUUUAAUGAGGGCUUCCGGUCUAAUGCAUAGCAAUAAAUAGGAAUUUCUCUCAAAAGUAAAUUAUUAACAAAAUAUUUGCUUCAGUGAACAGCAAAAAUAUGACAUGUUUACUUCAAAAUCUCAUAGUUAAAAAUCUCACGAGACAAUAUUCUCUACUUUUUGGUUUCAGUUUUUUUGUAAAUUUAUUCCACUUAGUAUGGUUCAUAAAAAUAAGCCUAAGUACCUGAUCUGAGAUUUACAAAAACCGAACAUGAAAAAUCACCAAAAUUUUGCAGAAUCCUCACUUCAUUUCACGAAAAAACUUAGUACAGACUAAGUAUUAUAUCAAUGAAUAAAUACUGAGUGAAAUAUUGACUUUAUUCACA